CUUUCUGACAGGUUCUGUUUCUCGUCUUGCCACCUCGGCUACAAUCAUUGUGAUUUUUACCCACAAUGUUUUAUUUGAGAGAGAAGUGUCCUGCACCUGCAGGAAUCAGAGCCGUGGCUGUGGGAUCUACAUCACUCUUCCAGUUUUUACCAUCAUGCUUUUGUUACUUUGGAUGAACAAAGUCUUCAUCGGUUCCUGCAGGAUGUGCAGCUGCUUCACGUUGUGUCCCCUGAAGUGUGUCUGUAAAUGUAGAGGGAAAUGUGUUCGUGUGGUUGUUCUCCAGACUGUGAAGGUUUCCCUGACUGCUCUGCUGUGGGUCGUCUCUGUGCUGCUGGACGGAGACUGGUUCGCCUGCUGUCAGAACGGACUCUCUGGACAGGAUGCUCUGAUUCCCUGCAAGACAAACAGAACCUUAAAUGAACAAAUCCUUAUCGAUAAACUAAAAAACAAGUCAAAGGUCAUUGGCCUGGGAACGCUGUCGUCCAUCCUCUUCCUGGCUGUUUGCUUCUCAGCGGUGAGAUGGAGGAAAUGCUGCGACAGCAAAACCUCUGCAGAGCAAAGAGACAGGAAAUGCUGGAAAUGUUGUUCAGACGACUGCAGGACCUGCUGCGAGGACUGCCUCUAUAGCUGUGAUGGAUUUGCUCCCUAUGAGCUGAUCGUUGUAAAAGAAGGAGAAAAUAUCGUGAACCAGAUUCUGAAAGAAAAAGCCAAAGAAGCUCUUACCCAAAACGUUGAAGAAAUCCUGAAUCGGAACAACAAGAACAGAUUUAUUGAAGGUUUUGAUGCAGCUGAAGAACUGAUUAAAGAACUGUGGCCUCAAGAGAAGCAGCCUUCAGGAAGUGGAAAAGACAAUAAAGCUGAAAUUCAUAAAGAUGUUUGGAAAUUCACUUUUGCUGAGGCCCAGCAGAUUUCUCUUCAGUUGGUUUCAAAACCGGAGAAGAAAGAUGGAGGAAGUUCCCUGGAUGAGGCAGGAGGGGUCCAGGGCGCUGAAUGUCCACCAUCUCCAUCACAUGGAGGUUCAUCAGGUCAAACAGAGAAUGCCAAUGGUCAUCGUCAUGGUUACGAUCCACCACAGAUUCAGGAAGGAGGUGAAGAAGUUCCAAUGGGAAAUGUCUCUAGUUCAGGUGGAAACCAGAACAAUCCUCCACCGUCCGACCCGGUGGAUCCACCUUCACAGGAUCAGGAGAGCAGAUCAUAGACCCUCGGCAACAUGUUCAAUUUUGUCUUUUUAUUUUCCUGAUACCAGAAAUUUAAUUAAAUCAGAAAAAUGUCAGCAAAACAAAAUGUUUUUUAGUGUAAAUAAUAUACAU